AUGGUUAGACAUGACGUCCAUUUAGAGAUCAGCGAGAGCACCAAGGGCAAGAAGCUCAGAGUAAAGAUAAAGAAGAUUAGACCAGCGCGAUUGCGACGCGACAAGAAUGGCCGAUAUAUCAUAAGUAAGAAGGGGAGAGUUUACAUCAAGUCUCGCAAGUCAGACUUGAAGUUGAUCAAGAAGCUGAUUGCAAAGGCAUCCAAUGCCAAAUCCAUACUGACACCAUCAACUUCAUCACACAUGACACCAACAGAAGGAGCAUACAUUAGAUCAAUACAGGACGCCAACUUUAGAGAAGCGCUGAUCAAGAAUGCGAGAGACUUGGAACAACAGACCAGGGCCAAGGUCGAUGCGAUCGUCAAGGAACAUGAGCGACCAGCGUCAGCACUGCCAGCACCAGAACAACUAUUACUCGAUGCAGCAAUACCAGCAGCAGCGCACGAGAUUGGUGAGCAUGGUAUCAAUGAAGGUGACCGCGUUGUCCAUGUGUUCCAGGAUGUGACACCACCUCAAUCAGAUGAUGAAGAAGAGAGCGAUUAUGAACAACCCGGCAGCUUUGACAGACUCUUCGAGAGACAGAACGCAACUCAUGGAUUGCUCGAGCAGACUCAUGCCAACCUCCUCGACAUCAAGCAAUCACUAAACAAGCGAUUCCAACAAGAUAUUGAGAAGCUCGAAAUCGAAGCGGCUGUAGAGCAGAAGAGGCAUGAGUUGGAAAUGGCAAGACAAGCAGCUCAACGUGAACGCGAUCAGAAUAACAUGAUGGCCAAACUCGACAAGCUACUAGCGGAGAGGAAGACAAUCAACAAACAAGAGUCACCUGACACAGCCAAGCUAGAAUAUAUCGAUGAACAGAUUGAACUCAUAGGACGCCAACUAGAUAAUGUUGAUGUCAAGAGAAUGCUGGAUGAGGCUGUUAGUGAACAACGAUUGGAGCGCGAGUUGGAGAGAGCAGAGAGAGAGAAACAAAAGACUGUUGAGAACAUGAAAGCACUAGAGGUCAUGGCAGCGGCUGCGGCGCCGAAACAGAAACAACCCAAGCCUUCACUACUCAAGAAGCCAUUGCCCAGCACGUUACCCAAGGCUGUUCCACCAGCGAGACCAUCGCCGGUGUUAGCUCCCGAAGUAACACUUCGUGAUGUUCCAAAGGUAAAGACAGAGCCAGAGGCAACAUCACCAUACAGCACUCCUCCACAAACCUCAACUACUACCACAACAACGACAACAACUAACAAGAGAUUAUCCAUCCCAGCAUCCAGUAUCAAGGCAAUCAAGGACGUACCCAAGGAGCUGACUCCAAAGGUGGAACCAAUCAUACAGAGAUACAUGGAUGGAGACGCGACCUUGACCAACCCAACAACACUCUACUAUCAGCUGGGCAAGGAGUUGAGGACAGCAACAAUCAGCCAAGAUGAGAGACGGGAUCUGCAGAGACAAUUAAAAGAUGAUGCGAUACAGGCGAAGCGAAUACAGGACAUGAAAUCAAUGCAACAAGUAUCAGCAUCAGUCGCACCUGAAGUGUUGGAUCUUAUCAAACAGUACUGGGCUGGUGACAUUGGAUCGAAACAGUUUGGUACACUAUUAAAGAAGGAGCUCAAAAAGGGCAGCGGUAAGGUUGAGGAUGGUGGACUGUAUGAUUACGAGAUUGAGAAGUUGAUGAUGCCGUACACCAAGUAUGGGUUUGAAGGAGUGAUCGCGUCUGAUCAAUUGGAUGAGCUGAAACCAAAGCAGCGAAUGUCAUUUAUUAUGAACUUGGACAACAGCCAUCAGCCUGGCAGUCACUGGGUCGCAUGUAACAUUGAUGCAAAGGGUGACAAGGCGAUCGAGUACUACGACUCGUUUGGUGAUGAUCCGAGCUCCGAUUUUAUGAAGAGGAUGAAGCAGUUGGUUGGAGAGAUCGACCCAGAUAGCCCCGCAUUUCAUCUGGAGUUCUGCAACGCUUGUGACCUCGUUGUUGAGUUUUCCGCCCUUGAGAAGGAGGUCAUCCAAAGGUGCCAUUGA